GUUAGUGCUGGCGGAAAAAAUUUUUUCGAAAAAUUAUAGUGUUGGAAACAGCAACAAAACACAAAUCAUAAUAACAAAGAAAAAGUUGUAAAUAAAAGCAAAACAAAAAGAAACGAUCGUUAACAACAAUUUUGACACCGUCGGAUGAACAUGCAUUUUAAAAAAUAUAGUAUUGAACGAAAACUAAGUUAAAACUUUACGUCUAACUCGACAAUGCUUCAAACCCAUCACUUAAUAAAUAAAUAAUCAUUACUAAACAAUAAUCAACAAUAAAAUAAAAUUCCUUGUGUGAACGUCAUAUCAAAGUGGUGUGAAGAAAUCUACGUGUACAAAAUGCUCGCUUGGGUUGAUUAGUUAUGCAUAAACCUUGGCUAAAUCGUAGAUCCUUAUAUGCUGAACGCGAUCGUGAUGAUCCAACAAUGCAUCAUCACCAUACCGAUUUGCUAUCCUUCUCCACCUCGCCAGCUAAAAAGCAAAAUAAUCCAACAUCGUUGAUGUCGUCGUCGUCACCGUCAUCGUCUAUGUCAAUGUCGUCGGUGUCGUCGUCGUCGUCUGCGUCGCCAUUAUCAACGAACAUUUUUCAUAAUUCUACCAUUGGUUCAAUUAAUUUAGAGGACUACGUAACCGCAAUGGAGGCACGUUCCAAGGCAUUAGAUCGUCAACAAUCGGAAGUUGAUGUUUGGGCACAAUUACAACAAAAGGAAUCGGAUAUAUUAUUAGCAGCAGAAUUGGGUAAAGCAUUGCUGGAGAAAAACGAAGAAUUAGUGAAGCAGCAAGAGAAACUCAUCGAGGAUUAUUCAACGAAAAUUGAGGUAUCACAAUCGUGA